CUGUUACAUUUGCACCGCAUGCGGACGACAGUUUCAUUACGUGUGAAAAUAAUGAAAAUUGCCGUGAAAUACGCUACGUAUUACAUAUUGGCGUUGAACAUACUCAGUUGUUUAGGAUGUCCCCACGAAUCAGAAAAUGUGAAGGCUGCAUACAAAUCUGGCGAAAUACUAGACCGAACAACGCCGGUUACUCUCGACAACAUCAAGCGGAAGUUGAAAGAAAGCGGUAUCUUCAACUGGCAAGACCCGACUUUGACUGAACGAGAGAAGAAGGAACUGAGUAAAUUAUUUGAGGCCGUUGAAAUUAUGACAACGUCCCGAGCACGCCAACCUUCAAAUGUUCAAAAUAUUUUCUAUUCUCUACGCCUUGUCGAAAGAGCGGUAAAGAAACAACUAAAAGAAGGACAGCUAUCAGAAACUUUAGCCGCUAAAUUCCAUUGGGAGAAAUUAGCAACUCGACCGAAACGACAGAAAACCGCUUAUCACAUAGACAAAAAGACAAAUAUGAGAAUUUUUAAUACGAAAAAUUAAUUAUUAGUAAAAAAAAAAAAACUGUAGUAUAGAGAGAAUGAAUUGAAUGGUUCAAUUUCAAUAUUAAUGUAUGAAACGUAUAUAUUACUUCAUAAGGAUUUACUUAUAAGGACUUACCACUGAUAGUAUUCAAGAAGGUUUUUUUUUUAAUUUCUGUUAAAUAAAUUGUAUUAUAAUGUUAAUGACUACUUAAAUGACCAUAUGUGACAUGGUUUUUGCUGUUUAUUAAUUCAUUUUUUUUUUCUUUAUCUAUUGAGAUGAUUUGUUUUGUUUUUUGACAUUUUAUAAAUUAAAAUGAGCUAUUUAUGUUACAUUAAAAAAAAAAAUUGCACACCGAAAAUCGGUAGAAUAUGUUGGCUAACUAUGUAAUUUGACAACUUGUAUACCAUAUUCUUGCAAAAUAAAUAAAUUACUAUUAUUA